AUGGGCUCUCAGACGCUUGAGAUCCUACGGCAGGGAGUUUGGGCAUCUCUCACGGGCGGGUGGUUCUACGAUCCUCACCAGAAUCUGUUCUGCAACACUGUUCACCUGUACAUCUGGCUGUUCUUACUAUGUCUGCCAUUCUCCAUCUACUUGUACUUCCCAGCGGGCAGUGUGGGAUGGGCGGUGUACUGCGCCCUGGUGGCGCUGGUGUUCACGGGGCUCAAGCUGCUGAACCACGGGCUGCAUCGACUCUACGACACCGGCGAGUGCAUCGUCGUACAACCGCCCAACACCAGUGGGAAUGCACACAACUCCAGCGACAACACUGCUGCGGAAGAAGGGCUGGAGAUGCAGAUCUUGCGGCUGGAUCCGGCGGCAAUACCCAGCGACGACGACAACGAGUCCAUCACCUCGCUCGAGUAUCACAAGCCCAACAACAGCACCAUCGACCUAAAGGUGGACGUCCAUCGAAAGAAUAGUUCGGAGUCGAGCAUGGAGGACAGCGCGACGUCGGCGAAGCCGCAGGAGAGCGCCGCCGCCACGAGCAAGUCGGAGCUGUGCUCGGGCACCGGCGGGGAGCGGCCGCGGCGGAGGGGCAAGGGCGCGCGGCGGGAGCAGGGCCCGCGCCAGCCGGCCGCGCCGCGCAUCGACGAGCUGCACGCGGAGGAGGCGGCGCGCAUGCGCGGCGCCGGCGGCGACGACGGGCCCUUCGCCAAGGUCAGCCGGCGCUACCACGAGUGCUCGCACCGCCGCGGCUCCAGCGGCCCCGACUUCCUCAAGGAGUGGCUGUACCUGGACGGCAGCGAGGCGGCCACGGAGCCGUGCUGCACGCGGUUCGCGCGCCGCGGCCGCUUCGCGCGCCCGCCGCAGUCCAAGAAGCGGCCGCCGCACCGCCGCCGCUGGAUCGAGUUCGGCGACGAGCCCGUCAGCCGCUCGGCCACGGCGCUGGCGGGCGGCUCGGCCAUGCGGCGCGGCUGCAACUCCAGCGCCUCGGCCACGCAGCUGCCGCUGCUCACGUCCACGGCGCAGCUGGUGUCGCACAUGCGGCGCCACUCCAACAACGCCAGCGUGGAGCUGGGCGAGUACAUGAUGGUGAAGGCGGACGCGCCCGCCGACGCCGACGCCGCCGACGGCCGCGCGCCCGGCGUGCGCCGCAUCAAGAGCGCGGCGCUGGAGAUCGGCUGCCCGCCGCCCAGCGUGUCCAACCUGUCGCCGCACCCCAACAGCGCGGAGACCAUCGGCGGCCAGACGCUCAAGAACCCCAAGAGCGCCGUCAUCCCGCCGCCCAGCAAGAGCCUCACGCGCGGCCCGCACCUCAACCUGUACCCCGAGGGCGAGGCGGGCGAGGGCUGCAGCUACCCGUACCUCUCGUACGGCUCGGAGAUCGUGUACCCGAUCGCGGAGAUCUCGGACGAGAUGCAGACGUCGCAGAAGGAGACGGACCUGGAGUCGAGCGGCGACAACUACAGCGAGUACGAGGACGAGAAGCAGUUCCGCGGCUUCGACUGGGACGCCGAGCAGUCGCCGGUGCGCUCCAGCGACUCCGACUACGAGAACAACGGCUCGCGCUCGCCGCUGCUGGAGCGCGCCGCCGAGCCGAGGCCGCGCCUGCGCCCGCCCGACGCCAAGCCCUGCUGCGAGCGCCACUCCGCCAGGGCCCCGGGGGCCCCGGGGGCCCAGCCCGCCCUUGGGGCCCGGCCCGCCCGCCAGAGGAGGCCCAAGGCCGACGAGCGGCAGGCGGCGCCCUGCGACUGCAAGUACGGCGCCAACGGCGACUGCUUCGACAAGGCGAGCGCCAGUUCCAAAGACUUGCUCAUAGAGAAGUCCAGUUUGGAGUCCAACGACAACGGCGAGACGUCGGACAAAAGAGCCGAGAAGAAGGUUGUAGAGAAGAAGCUGUGGGACCACGAUUUAUCUAAUUCUAGUAGUAGUAGCGAUUCGACCGCGGACAGGCGGGCGGGCGAAACUAAGGAGUGUAAAGUGGCUCCGGAGACUGAGGAGUCGCAGUUGACGGGCGACAGCAAGAGCGCGGACGAGAGAAGCGUGUACAGUUUGGAUUGGCUGUUCGAGGAGUCCGGCCCUCUCCCGCCGGCUACCGACGACAGCUCCGGUUCGCAGGAGCCGAGUUCGCACAAACUGGCCGCAGCUUUCGGCGAGUCCUCUUCCAAUAUUCCGAAAAACUUAGGUGCUAUACCGAAGCAGAUAAAAAACUUGGCUCGAUCCCGCGCCUCGUCGCAAAAAGAAAAUAAGAAGAGAGAUUCUAAGAAGGAGAAAGAUGAAAACCAGAACGAUGAUAGAAUCCUUUUGGAUGCGGUCGAAGCGCAAGCUGCCUUGGUACAAGGAUUGGAAUGCUUGUUUGCAGCGACGAACGCGAACACCGUGGUGAUGCCGCCGCCGAGCCGCGAGGAGCGGCCGCGCUCGCACCGACAGAGUCUGCGCGGAGAUAGGGAGAACUUAAGCAAAACCAGAAAAAGAUCGAUCGAGGAAGUUGCACAAACGUCUACAAACACGCUCCUGCCGACGUCGAUGCCCCUAUUGGCGGCGUUCCUCAAUUCAAGAGUGGAUUUUCAGCCCGCGUGUUGCCCGCAAGAAACCGCGGCUGCUGAAAACCCUCCGCAGCAGGCGGAGGAAGGACAAAGACUGAGGCCUUUGAUGGACCGGAACCAUAGGAAUCGAGUGCGCAAAAUCAAGCGAUCCACAAGACAAAGAAAUAAUCCAUCGGCACAAAACACUGAUAAGACUAGGCCACCGAACUCUGAAAACUCCAGCAACUCGACCAACGUUCAUUUCGCGACGUCUUUCGACGACACCACUGAUGGGGCGAUUCAUUGCUUUAUGGACGAAUACGGCAACUGGAUGUCGUACACCUUCGACAAGAACAGCUCAGGCGUUGCUACCGUACAAGCAGCACAAUCUGACAAGAAUGACAAUGUACGAUGUAAUAGAAUAAAACCCAUAGAUCGAGACAAUUCGCAAGAGACUGUGCCCGAUGGUAGUUCUGGGUCUUUAGAAUCCGAAGCUGGUAAUAGCGAAAGCGCAUCAAAACCUAAACGCGGGGAUAGCAUAGACCACAGUUCUUCUAACCAAGGAAGCAGUACAGCAAUACUAACGACGAAUAACAACGUAUCUACUGUUGUUCCUAUAAAUAUAAACAACGGCGUGACGGGGAACAAAAGGUUUUAUGUUUUCGACGGAGGAACCGGCUCUGAACAGCCGCGUUCGCCUGUUGCGUACGUGACCGAUAGUUUGUUGGAGCAAAUUGAAGCAGAGCGGCAGUCGCGAAUGGGUCUGCCUAGUAUGCACAUCAAUUUCCUCAUGAACCAGCAAAGGGCGCAGCAGCAAGCUCAACAACAGCAGCAGCAACAGCCAGAUACCACAUCAAUCAACCUAGCUAGUUUUAUGCCUUCAAUCGGCGAAGAAAGCGUCGAAAUGAAUAUAAGAAGCAAAUUCUCCAAGCUGAUGGACGAAAUCGAAAAGGCGAAUCAGCCGAAACCAAAAAGUUACUACAAAUUGAAAUUAUGGAAAUGCGUAGAAUUAAAAAUUACAAUGGAUAGACUGAAACUCAUGGCGCUGUUUGAUCGUAACUUGACAUUCAAGGAUACGUUUGUAUCGAUAGUGUUGGCGAUUCUUGUUGCGUUUUUGGGCUCAAUGGUGUUGAAUCUUGGGUUCUACAGGGAUAUUUACGCAUUCUGGUUCUGUUUCAUCAUGGCUGGUAGCCAGUACUCUCUUUUGAAAAGUGUGCAACCGGAUUCCGCUUCCCCAGUCCACGGGUUCAAUAAAGUCGUCCUGUUCUCUCGUCCAGUGUAUUUUUGUAUAUGUACUGCAUUGUUGUGGGGAGCCCACAGCUAUUUGGAGCAAACAACACCAUUGCCUGAAGACGACCACAUCAGAAUGAAACGAAGCGUUGAUGACGCAAAACCAUUGACAAUUUACGGAUUUCAAAUGAACGAGAGAGAUUUUUUCUACGCCAUUCAAGAAAUUUUGUCUAAGUUCCUAUUAUUUUUUCCCUUAGCAUUUAGCUUGGGCUUAUUUCCGCAAGUGAAUACUUUUCUGAUGUACUUACUGGAGCAGCUAGAUAUGCAUGUAUUUGGUGGCAAUGCGACAAGCAGUUUGAGUGCAGCCGUGUACUGCGUGGUACGAUCAGUGGCUGCCGUAGGAGUACUAUACGGGUUUGCUUAUAGCGGAUUGGUGGAAGGCAAGAAAUCGCAUCACCAAAAGCAUAAUAUCCUGUUUUCCAUAUUCUGCGGUCUUUUGGUUCCGAUCGCAUAUCACCUAAGUCGAAGCGCGAGUGAUUAUACACUAAUAUGGAACUUAAUCAAAAAGCAUCUUUUGCCACCUGAAUUAUAUCCAGCAGUUCAUAGCGACGCAGUCAAUUCUACGAAUUCGCUAAAAGGUGAAGUUGCAAAUGAAGAAGAUAAAAGCAGGGAGACAAACUCAAAACCAGUGGAUACCGAAAAAGUUGAGGAAGAAAUGGAAGAUCCCUUACCAGCUAAACUGCAAGCAACUGUCAACGGACGACUGAAGAACGAUGUGAUUGUCUGCGCCUUUCUUGCACUUCUGGUCUUUGGUUUACAUUGCACCACAGUUUUCACUACCUUGCCGCAACUAAAUACGGCACUGUGGAUAAUCGCGGGCGUAGUUGGAUGGAUCCUACACUAUCUAGUACCUCAGCUACGCAAGCAACAACCAUGGCUGUGCCUUGCAGGACCCGUACUGCGCGCGCAUGAGCACGCACAGUUCGAAGUCACUGAACCUGCCAAACUCACGCUUGUUGAACGGUUGUUCGUGUAUCUGUGCUUCGUGGAGCGCAACGUUAUCUAUCCCGCGGUGGUGGUAGCCGCAAGUACGCAAGAUGCACCCGCUAUUGCCGCCAAGUUCGGCGAUCCCAUCGCUGCACUCAUCAUCUGCGUGACCGCGUUAAAAUGUCUACGCAACGCGUAUUCAGAGACAGACAGUCAAUACCUAAUCGUAGUCUUCGCUGUGUUAAUCUUCCAAAGGGACCUCUACAGCCAGAAGAUCUCGGAGACCUUUCUCGUAGACUACUUCAUCACUGCCAUUAUCUUCAGCAAGGUCUAUGAGUUUUUACUCAAGAUCCAGUUCGUAGUGACAUACAUAGCACCGUGGCAGAUCACGUGGGGCAGCGCGUUCCAUGCGUUUGCGCAACCAUUCUCCGUACCGCACUCCGCCAUGUUAUUUCUACAGGCUGCUGUUUCUGCACUAUUAUCGUCACCUCUCACUCCAGCUUUAGGCAGCGCAAUAUUCAUGACAUCAUACGUGCGACCGGUCAAGUUCUGGGAGCGUGACUAUAACACAAAACGCGUGGACCAGAGCAACACUCGCCUUUCUUCACAGCUCGAACGGAACCUUGGAGCUGAUGACAACAACUUAAACUCUAUAUUCUACGAGCAUCUGACGCGCUCGUUGCAGCAUUAUCUGUGCGGGGACCUCAUGCUUGGAAGGUGGGGGCAGGUGCAGCAGGGCGACUGCUUCGUGCUAGCAUCAGACUAUCUGAACUGUCUAGUGCACAUAGUGGAGAUGGGCAAUGGAUUAGUGUCGUUCCAGCUGCGAGGCUUAGAAUUCAGAGGGACCUAUUGUCAGCAGCGGGAGGUUGAAGCCAUUUCUGAGGGCCCUGAGGAAAGUAGUGAGGGCGUAUGUGGUGGCUGCGGCGGCUGUGGCUGCGGAGCGUGGUGGGGUGCAGGGCGGCUGCUGGCACCAUCAGCCUGCUGGACGUUGCGUUGGCUGGCCUGGCAGCUGGCCUCGGCGCGAUACGUGCUGGAGGGGUACAGCGUCUCUGACAACUCCGCCGUCUCGAUGCUGCAGGUGUUCGACUUUAGGAAGGUGCUGCUCACGUACUACGUCAAGAGCAUAAUCUAUUAUACCAUCCAGUCGAGCAAGCUGGAAGAGUGGUUAUCGUCCCCGGUAAUCGCAGAGGCUUUGAAGCCCAUGGGCGAACGCGCCUUCGUCGAUUUGGAUCCCAUCUUCAACGUUAACCUGGAUGAAGACUACGACUUUAGAGCUUCGGGGAUCACUAGAGUCCGCUUCUGCGCGAUCUACCAAGAAUGGAUCGUGCACUGCGCAGCGCGGCGCGGCCCGGGCUGGCGGCGGCGUGCCGCGGCCAGGGACUCGGCCCUCGUCACGCUGUGCUUCGCGCUGUCGCUGCUGGGCAGACGAGCUCUGGCCGCCGCGCAACAUCUGUCUGCCUCCAGCGUGGAGUUUUUCCUCUACGGCCUACACUCCCUGUUCAAAGGAGACUUCCGCAUCACCUGCGCACGCGACGAAUGGGUCUUCACGGACAUGUCGUUGCUUCACGCUGUGCUGGCGCCUGCCAUUCGCAUGGCGUUGAAACUUCAUCAGGACCACUUCAUGUUCCCGGAAGAGUACUGCAGCGCGAGCGCACUGUACGCGGCGAUCUCGGCGCACUCGCAGCGGCUGGUCAUCUGCCACGAGGCCGCGCCGGCCUGGAGGUACAACGUCCUGCGCGGGGCGCCGCAUCUCCUGGCGCUCAGACACGUUAUGGAUGAAGGCAACGUGGACGACUAUAAGAUAAUAAUGCUAAACAAGCGCCACUUAGGGUUCCGUGUUAUUAAGCUGAACCGCGAGUGCGUGCGAGGCCUAUGGGCUGGACAGCAGCAGGAGCUGGUCUAUUUGAGGAACCGGAAUCCUGAAAGGGGAUCCAUACAGAAUGCUAAGCAGGCUCUCCGUAAUAUAAUAAACUCGUCGUGCGACCAGCCGAUUGGGUACCCGAUCUAUGUGUCACCUCUGACCACGUCGUACGCGGACUCCUCGCCGCAGCUCUGCCAGCUGGUCGGGGGACCUGUCACCGUUUCCGCUAUCAGGAAUAAACUGGCUAAUGCUUGGAGAAGGUAUACGAGCCGUUAUAAACUUGAAUAUCAUUUUAGUUAUUUACGACGUCUCAAUUUUUUUCUUUCGAUGAAGAUCCGGCGGCGCUGCGGCGAGGGCUGCUCCAGCGGCGGCGGCGCGUGCGAGGCGGGCGCGGCAGAGGCGGGAGCGGCGCGCGCGCAGGCCACGCCCCGCCACAACACGCUGCACCUCUCCCGGACGUCGCUAGCUGGUACCCGAGGAAGUCUGGCUUCGGCGGGCAAGCCGACGUCGUCCACGCUUGCGUCUCUAGCCGGUCUGCUCAGGGAACACUCGCAUGAACGUACGCAGGAUGAACCAGCGUACGGCAGUACAGUGGACACAAGCGAACCGCGCCGGCGCAGCGAUGAGCGCGGGGGUGGGGGCGGAGCGAGAGAGGGGGCCGCAGCCGGGCAGAGGAGAGAGAGGAACAUGAGGGCAAGAUCUGCAGGGAAGGAGGCCGCUCGACAAGCGGGCAGCGCUGGCCGCUUCCGUCCGUCUUCGUCACGCGAGCGCGCUCCGGCGUCGUUCCGACUGCUUCCGGCCGCCGACGACACCGAUGACCGCAAGAACUACGACGAUCGCAUGUCCAGCACAAGUCGUGCGAGUGGCGGCAUUGAUGGUGCUGCGGGAGGCGCUGCACUAGCUGGAUCCUCUGAGUCCUCCGUUGAAGAGGUGUCCCUCACACCGCACGGGCUAGACAUGUCGCUACCUGACUGCAAGAUCCUGGCCAACCGCGCCGCGCAACCGCCUCACCACGACAGGCACUUCAAGAGAUACUUCGUAAAUGAAGGCACGUCGAAAGACCUAUCAAAACCAAGCAAGGAGAUUCGUCACGAAAGAGAAUCAUAUCGGGAACUUACAGGGCGAUACAUCGAAAAGCCAGAAUCUAUACCUUUAAAAGAAACACAUUACUCUGAUCUAUCGAAUAAAGAAUCAGUAUUAAAGAAAGAUAAAAAAGAUAAAAAGGAAAUCAAGACAAAGAUAAAAAGAUCCGAUUCUGGUAGGAGUGAAUUGAAAGUUAAUGUUAGUGUGGGCAGUAAAGUACUUAUAACUGAGCCUUUGGGGGUGUAUGAUUGCAUCAAUUUGGGGAGGAGGAUUGAUGUGCAAUGGCCGACGGAAGCUCAGCGGGAAAGAGGGGGGCAGAAUUUCUGGGGGAGUUGGGUGCCUCUUGCCGGGAUGGAUGGACUGGUAGUGCACAAAUGGACGCCUAACCAUCGCGACCCGAAGCUCCGGUCCCAUGUGGACAAGAGCAUUCUUCUAGUUCAGAUCGACGACAAGUUCGUCCCUAUCGCCGAAAACUGCGUCCAGGACUUGGGAGACGAAGUCUGAACUCACAAUUAUCGUAGGAGAAAUAUAGGCAAAUUAUAGUUAAUUCAAAAUAGUGUCCGAUGUAACGAAAGCUAUGGGAGAUUGGAAAUAUUUAGUGACAGGAAUUGGCUAGCAUCAGUAUUCUUUUUAUGUUACAGUUCAGCGAGUUCAAGAUACGAUUAAAAAAACUGAAUAUAACAGUUAUAAAAAUCGUUCCUAGAAUGUACGUCUACAAUUAUUUCCUUGGCUAGGAAAUGCUAUGAACUCUUACUAUCU